CAAAGUGCUGUCAUCAGCAGCAGCCACCCGUCAAAGGGAGAAAAAUACUUUCAAUCAUGAAGAUGGCUGACGGUUCUACAAUUCACAGAAGAAAUAGACCCGGAACCAAGGCUAAGGAUUUUUGCAACUGGCCCGAUGAACCGUUCGAGGAGAUGGACAGCACGCUUGCUGUGCAGCAGUACAUACAACAGAUGAUCAAGAAGGACCCAUCUAAUGUGGAACAAAUAUUGACCAUGCCAGACGGGCAGGAUGAAGGCGUUUGGAAAUACGAACACUUACGACAAUUUUGUAUGGAAUUGAACGGGUUGGCGGUUCGGCUGCAGACGCAGUGUUUUCCUGCCACUUGUACCCAGAUGACGGCCACCGAGCAAUGGAUCUUUCUGUGUGCAGCCCACAAAACGCCGAAAGAAUGUCCGGCCAUCGAUUACACGCGUCACACGCUAGACGGGGCCGCUUGCCUUCUCAAUAGCAAUAAAUACUUUCCAAGCAGGGUAUCAAUCAAAGAAUCGUCGGUGUCGAAGCUGGGUUCGGUCUGUCGGCGAGUGUAUCGAAUUUUCUCGCACGCUUACUAUCACCAUCGGCGAAUAUUCAACGAGUUCGAGGAUGAAACGUAUCUCUGCCUGCGGUUUACGCACUUUGUGACCAAAUAUUCACUCAUGUCCAAGGAAAAUCUGAUCGUGCCGAUUCCGGAGUGCGAACUGACUCCGGGCGAAAGCGAAGCCUAGAUCGGUUCGGUCGGUUUCAGUCUAUGAUUGUGUAUUAUGACAAACCAUCCACAGCGCGCCUCUGGUCGAAGUGUGUUGUAGGUACUAGAUUUUCAGAAACGACCAGAAGAAAAACUAAAACAGUCUGUAACGGUAAGGUCCCUCAAUCCUAAAUGCUACAGUGACACUUUAUUGACUAGUUGAACCGAUUGCGAACAGUCAUACUUUUUACUAGGAACUAUAAUUUGUUUUGUUUACACCACCGAUUGAUUUCAACCUAUUGUUUUUUUUUAAUUUUCCAUGAAUUUCGGUCACGUUUCAGUUGAAUUUUUCCUCGUUAACGGGAUGAUUGGAACUAUCCGUUUAAUGUUAAUGGAAUUUGCUUUAAACUAGCUACUCCAACAAAUUAAAACAUCAUAACGUUUGUAAUCAAUAGAAAAAAAAACUUACGAAAACUCGAAUGGAAUUAUCCAAUAAAUAUAUUUAGCUGAUCAAGAAAACACAUGUUUGAAGCGGACUCACCAGUUAACCAAUGAGUUGCGUGCAUUCGAAAUUAUUCAAUAAUCAGACAACAAAUUAAUAAACGAUUCAGAGAUUUGUAACUUUCUUAAGUACCACUCUAAACAGUUUGUCGUUUCACGCUAGUAAACCACAUUAUGGGAUGAUUAUGCAAAGCUAAAUUGAAGCAUUGCAAUGUUAACAGGUUUGUCUGUUGAACAUAGUAUAAAUAUACCUUCAAAGAAAAAGGUUUUUCCACAAUAAAGUUGAAACACUGCAGAACAUAUAGCAACCUAGAAUAUUCAACGCUAAGAGGUCGAUUAAUUUCAAAACACAAUAAGUUUGACCCGUUUUCUUUGAACACAUGGAUAAACCUUCUAAAUGUUCUCAGUUGUUUGUUCGUUGAUAGCAGCGAUCCUAUUUUCACGCCCAGAACGGUACGAUAAUGCUCGGUGUUUCAAAAGCACCGAUCAAAUUGUCUUGUGAUCAUUUGAUCUAGUGUUCAAUAUCGAGGAAACACAAAUUUACUAGAUAUUAGAUUGUGAUUAAUCAUCUCCAUGCUAAGUUUACUUUAGAGAUAGGUACCAACCCAUAUAUCUUCUUUUCGUAUCAGUAUCACGAACAUGUAAGUCUUUUAUUCGAGCCACCGAAAAAGAAAAAGUGGCGACUCGAGCAUCCUAAAUUUUGCAAGCGUUAAACAAAUCCAACAUAAAUAAAAGAAUAUUCGUAACCAAGCAAAAGUUAUUGGAAGACAAGCUUCCAACUGAUAAGAAUGCAAAACGAUUUUGUGUCUGUUUUUAUGCUACUCGAAAGUUAGAGUGUACAAAACUCGAAACAAAAAAAAAAAAAAAAAAAAAAAUAACGCAAACAUAAUUAUAUAGUCACCAAACAAAAAACAUCCGUAGGAUAUCCGCAGAUAAAUUCAAAAGAGGAAAAAAAACUCCACCACCAUCAGACAGGAACCGGAAGAAAGCAAAAUUACAUGUACGCAUCUAAUCAACAACAACACAUUGUGUUCGUGUUGUGAGGUCCCUCUUACUAUAGAAGAAGAUCACUUGAGAUAAUACGUUUACAACCUGAAAGGAGAGAUUAUGUAAUCUAGUGUGUGUUGAAGGGUGGGAGAACAAAUAAAUAAUACAGUAUGUAUAAGAAUCAUUAGCACUAUUGAAUAGAA